CCGGCCCAUGCGCGAGUGUUCGUGAUGGCGGCGCCGCGCACCCGCCCACGGCCGCUCUCCGGCCACUGCCCCCUGCUCAUCUUCCUCCUGGUGGCCACGACGGCCGCCACCGGCUCCACUUCCUCCUCUUCUUCCGCCCCCUCCUCGCCCUCUGAGGAGGACUUCGCCUUCGAGCCGGAGGAGGGCGCCCCGCCUCCCGCGCCCGACGGCCCGCUGCGGCGACAGUGGGGAGUGCCUGACCGCCUCGCCGUCGCGGGCCGCCUGCUGCAGAUAGACAUCCCUGCAGACGCCUUCUCCGGUGCCGUCGACCGAUACGACGCUUAUGGACCAUCUGGCAGGCCUCUUCCAUCCUGGUUGUUAUUUGACAAGUUAAGAGGACAAUUUGAGGGAGUGCCCAGUAUUGAAGAUGCUGGAGAGUACUACAUCACAGUGAAAGCACUUGGGCAGCAUCCUGAGAAUACAGCCAAAGAUGUCUUUUCGAUAGAAGUUAUACCAAGUAAUGUUGCAGCAGAAGCAAUAGCUGUUGAUAACUCUCUACCAAUUAGUCCACACCAUAAGGUAAAAUGCGAUCGAGGUGAAGACCCCACUUUUUUAACUAUUGCUCUAGAUGUAAAAUACGACAGUUUGAAGCCGUCACAACGAAUUUCUGCUAUUAAGAAUCUUUCAGGAUUUUUAGGCCUUCACCAUAGUUUGUUUCACCUCGAGCCACAUAAUACUCAGGAAGACUUGCUAAGUGAAAGUAUCGUGCUGGCUGGACCAGGAAAUUUAAAGCAGAGAUCGAAUAGGCACUCAUCAGCUGUAAGAUGGCAGGUGGGCUGUGAAGGUCAACUGCGAAAGCACUACUCACAACUAGUCAACCAGCUGAAGCAACAGGCUCAUGAUGGGACACUGGCUGAAGUUCUCCAGUUGCCUGUUAUUGGCUGGCAUGUAAAGACUGAAACAUCUUCCAGUCACAGAGAGAGGAGAGAGGUUGGUUCAGGUGACUAUGAUGAUGAAGAUGUGCCAAGUGGAUAUGACGGUGACAUUGAAAGUGAGACUGAUGCUAUUCCUGAAGCCAGAAUUGUGCCUACGAUGGCUUCACCUUCAUUCCCAGAGGCCACAGCAUCACCUCAUCCUCAUAGACAUCACCAUGGGGAGGACGCAGAUCAACUUGAGUCAGAGGUGGAACUCAGCUCAAUGCUCACAUCUGUUGCUGCUGGAUAUAAUCUGCCAACAAGCCCUGUACAUUCUUUCACAAUUCUUCCUACACCAGUCCUAAUACCCAUCAGACCUACCAACUUAAUGAGCAUGGAGGUUUUGGUGGAACCCAGCAGAGUAUAUGAAGCAGAGGUGGUACCAUCAGCUACACCAGUUUUUGUAACUGAGGUUGAGCCAUCAUCCUCACCAGAGUCUCCAAGUACACAGGUGACUGAACCUCUUCCAACUUGGAGCAGUAGUUUUGGUUCUAAUGAAACCAGUUUCACCAGUAGCAGUAUUAACACCAGCUUCAGUGAUACAAGCAGCACAUCACUAGCAUCAACCACAGAAGAAGAGCCAACACCUCCACUUCCUGCAGUUACUUCUGAGAAAGCAGUCCCUCUGCCAAAACCAACAGAUGAAGAUAUUGAAUAUGGCGUGAAAAACAUCCCUCCUACAAUUGAGCACAGACUUCGCAAACUACCCAUAACGGCUGGUAAAGCUCUCAGGCACAUUAUACCAGAGGAUGUUUUCUCAGAUUUGGAAGAUGGCAAUACAAGAAACUUAAGGCUCAUGUUUAAGACUCUUGAAGGAACGUUGGUGCCUCCAACAUACUGGGUGCAGUUUGACAGAGAGAAACAAGAAGUCUAUGCUUUGCCAUUGGAGGAGCAAGUGUCAAGGUGGACCUUUGUAAUCGAAGCAAUGGAUAGAGAAGGAAAGACUGUCUCUGACAAUUUAGAGAUAUUGGUUCAACAUCACAAAGGAAGGCGUACUGUUAACCACGAAUUCACUCUCCAUUUGCGACUGGAAAAGAAAUAUGAAUUUCCAACAGCAGUUGAUUGGCAACUAAGAGUACUGGACAGUCUGGCAGCACUCUAUGGAGAUCCAGAUACCAGCAGAGUAACUGUUAGAAAUUUGACAGUGACAGAUCCUAUCAUAUUCACAUGGACAAAUGAUUCCUUGCCAAGAUCACAUUGCCCAAAAGAUGAAAUAGAUAGAUUAUAUAAGAGAUUAACUGCAAAUGAAGAGGGUGAACCAUCAAAGGCACUAAGAGAUCUUCUUGCACAUGAUUUCAUUAAAGUGAAAAAAGUAUCAUACCGAGGAAUUGGACAAUGUGAACCACCAUCAAAACCAGACCAGCCAAUAGUGCCUCCACCAAGCACUACUGAGAACUUCCCUCCUGUACCUAGGAAUCCAAUUGAUCAUAUUGAAGCAGUAGUUGGAGAGUUGCUAGUUGUUGUUGUACCUGAGGAUUCAUUUUAUGAUCCAGAAGAAGGAAAUGUCCGUAAUAUGCAUCUUACCUUGCUUACAUUAGAGCUGAACAAAAUUUCUUCAGACAACUGGCUUCAGUUUGAUACAAAGAAUCAGGAAUUUUAUGGAAUACCAAUGCCAGGUGAUGAAGGCAGCAAGGAAUACCAUCUGGUGUGUGAAGAUAAAGGAGGGUUAACUGCACAUGAUGUACUGACUGUAGAAGUAAAGCCUGCAAGGAAAAUUAAUUACAAUGUUGAAUUCAGAAUGAAGUUGGAUGUCCCAUAUAAUAAAUUUAAAAGCAGUGCUUCAGACAAAAGAAAGUUUAUUGAGAAAUUACGUGAUCUUUUUGGAGACAAUGAUGCCUCUGCAAUUGCUUUAAGUGACAUAAUAGAAGGUUCAACAAUUGUAACAUGGCACAACAGGACACUGAAUACCUCUGUGUGUCCAGAGGAUGAAAUUAGAAAACUGAGAAAAAUUUUAUUGAAUAAUGAUCAUAGUAUAUCAGAUCGUGUGGGUAUGGUCCUUGGCCCAGAAUUCCCUGUGGAAGAAAUAGAGGUAAUACCAGCACAGAUAUGCCAAGGAGAGUUUACCUUGAUACACCCUAUCGAGGAAAAAGUACCACCACUUGAAGAAGCAGCUGUAGGAUCUUCAGAUGAAUACCUCAUUACUUUUAUCGUACCAGCUGUGAUUAUUGUAGGCAUGAUAUUACUGGCUGGGAUUGUUGCAUGUGUGCUGUACCGAAGGAGAAGACGUGGCAAACUGAGUGUGGGUGAUGAAGACGAGCGUCAGACUUUCCGUAAUAAGGGAAUACCGGUGAUAUUCCAAGAUGAACUCGAGGAGCGACCCGAGCCAGAGAACAAGAGUCCUGUGAUCAUGAAGGAUGAAAAACCACCUCUUCCACCACCAGAAUAUCAGCGAAGUGAAGCAGAGCCUAGUGCGCCACCAACAGCUGCUCACCCACUGUUGGGAGAGAAUAACGCGGCUACUGAUGACACACCGUACCAGCCGCCGCCUCCUUUCACAACUAGUCGAGAUUCUGGACGCCAAAACCGUCCCAAACCCACGCCGACUUAUAGAAAACCACCUCCUUAUGUGCCUCCUUAACAUAAGACUCCUUGCCUUCUCUGUUACUUGCACAUAUUUCUUCACAGUGCUUUAGUGGAGAUGACAGACAUAUAAUCAAUCACUUGGUGCCUUCCAUGUACCACACUUGGCUCCAUUUAAGCAUGACUUGACAAUACAUAUGCAGUGCAGGAACUUGUUGCACUACAAUGCAAUAAUUCAAUAAUUAGUCCUGAGUAUCUGUAUCCUAAUUUUAAUAUGGAAAUGAAGUGAACAGAACUUAAUACUGUUAUAAGAGAGUAGAGUGAGGUAAGUGUUUGUAGAUUAUAACACUGCCAAAAAAGAGGAGUGAUAUGCUUUGUGAAAUAAGCUUACCUCUAUUAUUCAUAAGUGAUAGGUUGUAUUAUUUUAUGGUAAUUAAAAUCUGUAAAGCUUUUUAUAUGAAGAGAGAUAACUAACUGCUACCAAUAUUGUAGUUUUGAUAUGGAAAUUGGCCACUGGCUUGUGUGUCCAAAUACCAGUGCCAAUUACUUAUGUUCUAUUCAUAGCACAUUUACUGAUUGUUUUUGUAUUCAUGAAAUGAUGCCUUAAGAAACAGACAUACAUGUACUUGAACAGUAAUUUGGCAUCCAACCAUGCUAUACUGUACAAUAAAAUUGUAAUUUUCAGUUGCCAGUUGUUUGAAGGAUCAGAAAAUAUAAGUGUAGACAAGUUACCAAUGUUGAUUUCUAAUACUUGAGCAUUGUUACUUGUGGCAUACUACAUUGUAAUACUGUUGUGAAAGUCAUAUAUAACUAUAUGUAACUGUGUCAUAUCACAAUGGACCAUCUGAAAACGAAACAUAACAAUUUGUCCAAAUUCUUGCUCAUAAAGGACAUUCAUAGCCACAGUGUUUCAAGUUGUUUCCUUCCUGGCUCCUUCAGUAAGUUAAUUAUUGAAGGAAGCUCACAAGAAGAAGCAAUGUUUAUCAUCAACUCCCAGUCUGAAUUGUCUGUUAUAAACAUGCUGAAUAUAGAUUUAUUUUUAUUUUUAAAUUGUGUGUAAGUUAAGUGAAUGAAAGACUAUGUGAUGAAUGUAUGGGCUGUGUGUGUUCUUAAAAAAUGUCAUGAGCUGAAACCAAAUUAUAAUCUUUUGUAUUUGAUUUUUAUUGUCACAUAGAUACUGAAGUAAAAAUGUAGAAUGAAAGUGGAAAAUAAAUUUAGAGGUACCAUUUUG